AUGUUCGAGGUGGGCGACUGGGGCGAGGAGGAGGCGCCGCCGCCUCCUCGUACCGUGGCGGACGCCGACCUCGAGGCGCUCCUCCAGCGGGUCGAGCUCUCGCCGGCCGAGGCGGUGGCAGCGGCGCCGGCUCGCGCCAAGCCGCCGCCGGCGCGGGCGCACCCGCGCUUCCCCUCCAAGGUUGGAGGGGCGCCCGUGUGGCUGCACCCACAGCCGCCGGGCGCACUCGCUUGCGCUCGGUGCGGCCGUGGCCUCCGCCUCCUGGUCCAGCUCUACUGCCCGCGGCCGGGGAUGCCCCACGCCUUCCACUGCUCUCUGCUGCUCUUCUGCUGCGGCGGCGACUGCCUCGAGACGCCCGCGGGCUGGCGGGCGCUCCGCUGCGGGUGGCUCGAGGAGUGGGACUGGUCUGAGGUUGCGGCGGCCGAGGCGGCGGCCGAGCGCUAUCGCGCGAGGCAUGCCGCUGACGCGGGCGCGGCGCCGGACGACGCGUUGUCGGAGGCGGAGCUCGGCGAGGGCGAGGGCGAGGACGAGGGCGAGGACGACGCGCUCGCGGCCUUCCAAAGGCGCGUGAGCGCGUGGCCAGAGCAAGUGCUGCGGUACUGCCACCACGCCGACGCGCAGCCGCUGUGGCUGUCGCGCCUUCGCCGGCCCGCGGAGGUGCCGCCGUGCGGCCGCUGCGGCGCGCCGCGCUGGUUCGAGUACCAGAUCGUGCCCAACCUGGACCCGGUGAUUGUUGCGCUCGUGCUGGGCAACUCUGCCGCCUGCACGGCCGCCGCGCUCGCCUCGGCCGGCUGCGCGCUCUCCUCGAAUUGCCCGGCCGCAUGGUGGAGGCUCCUGUACUGGGCGACGCUGCUGUGCGGGUGGCUGCUGCCCGAGGUCCUCAGCGUGGCGCUGCUCGCGGGCCAGUUCAGCGCCCUUGGCCGGUGCAGGGCGGCGCUGCGGUCGCGCCUCUUCUUCUACGCGACGCUCCUCGGCGCCGCUGCGUGCGCCCUCCUCUUCCUCCAGCUUCCGGGCGCGGGCGCCGGGCUGCUCUCCGCGGUCGCGGGUGGCGGCGGCCUCCUGCUGCUGGCGCUGCUCUUGGGCCAGGGCAUGGUCGCCUUGCCGCGGGCGCUCUGGACGCUGGCGCCGUCCGACGAGUGGCGCCGCUCGCUCGCGUAUGGCCUCGCCGUCGUCGACGCGGAGCACCGCGCCCGCGCCCGCGCGCUCGAGGACUGCCUGCAGCACGUGGACGCAGUCCUCUGGGGCGCCGCCUCGUGCGGCCUGACCGGCAUCUCGGCGCAGCCGUCGCUCUGCGAGGAGCGCCCGGCGCUGCUCCGCGCCCUGCUGCUCGUCCACGCCGCGCUGUGCACCGCGUUCGCCCUCGCGCGCUCCCGGAUGCUCACCCACCUGCCGCUCCGCUUCCCGCGCCCCGACGGGCGCGCGCUGCUCCAGACGACGGCGUGGAGCCUCCGCCUCGCCGCGCCGCUCGUGCUGCACGUGCUGCACAACAGCUCGCGCGGCGGCGCCGAGCGCGACCCCCUCGGCGGCGGCGGGUCGCACUACUACCACGGCCUCUGCGCACUGCUCACCCUCGCCGCCGCCGCGGUGACGGCCCGCGGCUGCUUCCUCCCGCUCCGGCUGCUGCCGUGCGCCCGGGCAGAGCAGCACGCCUACCCGGGCCGCUCGCGCAGCCGGCAGGCUGCCUGGGCCGCCGAUUCCUUAAACGGUCUUAAACGCUUAAACGGUGCGGGAGAGCUCCCGAGGUCGAUGGUCCCGGAGGAGCUCCCGUAUGGCUCCUGCCAGUGCACCAGACUUACAGAUGUGUCUUCAGAGGGGCGGGUUUUUGUGCCUAAUAACGGCAGUGUUGGAGAAAACGGCGCGGAACGCAGCGACGCAUGCCGGCGAGGCCGAUUUUCUUAA